AUGGAAUUGAGCGAAGCUCUGGAAAAACAUUUUGAAUUUACGCCAGUAUCGUUCAUCAACGACGUAAUUGAUUCGGUGAAUAAAGUAAUUUAUCAAGCUGCUUACAAGUUUAAUCGGUAUGCCACCAGUGAAGCGGAGGUAUUGAAAAUCCCAGAGAAAAGCAUAAAAUCGGGUCUAUGUCACUUGAUAACAGGUCUCGAGUCGUCGGUUGACUAUAAUUUCGACGUGUUUGAACUGUAUGUUGCAAGAAAUAUUUUUACAAUUUCCGAUAAUAUUCCAAUUGUAUUUUCAUGCAAUAAACAUAUUGAUGUGAGCACUGAAGAAGAUCAAAAGGAUGCUGUUGAGAAAGAACUAGAUUCUUUAAGAAAGAAAAUAAUUGCUAAAAAGGCUAUGAACCGCAUACUAAAGCAAGAGAUUAAAAAGACCUCCUAUAAAAUUCGAAAAUACGAACAAUGGAAGCGGCAACUUCCCGACUUUAUGACAAAGCGUGAAGGCUGUCAUCUCUUGGAGUUAAUGAACGUUCUCGUAACGAAUCGGCAGAAAGUAAAAUCCUUGACCAACUCUAUCGAACAUUUCAUGGCUUCGGAUCUUCUGAAUAUGCCCAAGCCUGAUUAUCGCAGAGAAUAUAUUAGUUGUGUUGUUACGGGUGAGAUUAGAAAACUAAGACAUAAGAUGAGGAUUGCCGACAUUGUGGAGAAAAAACGUAAUGAAUGUAAGAAAUAUAAGGAUGAUGAAUUUGACUGUGGAGCUUGGUAUAAAAUAUUGGUCCCUAUGGCGAGAAUCAAGAAAAUUAUGCAAAUGGACGAAGACGUUGGCAAAGUAGCUCAGGCUACUCCGGUUUUAAUCUCAAAAGCGUUAGAGCUGUUUAUGCAAUCGCUUAUUGAUCAAGCGUGUCAAGAAACUCGAUCGAGGGAUGCAAAACGGAUAACUGUAGCUCAUCUGUAUGGGUUAAAUUUUACUUGA